GCACGCUUGCCCACCAAACGCUUAUUUACUCCGGCAAUAUUUCAAGUACGGUGAUUGAAAAUGCAAACGGAAGCUUAGCCGGUGGCUGGGAAGGCAAGAUGUCGGCAUAGCUGAUUGACGUUGAUAUACGGCUGUGUCACAUCGAGCCAGCUCAAUCCACCGGCGUUCAACGAGAGAAGACUUAAAGGCGGAUGCUCCCGUAAAGAAAUUUCGAAUUGCGAUCGCUCCCGUAGCGCGCGAUGGGGCGAGUCUGACAGCUGUCAUUGUGCUCUCGCCGGAUUCGCUGCGGCUGCACCGUGGAUGAUAUUUAUUUUUAAUCAUACACGACGAUGUUCCCGUAGAGUGCGACCGGCUCUGUGCGCGCGUGACGAACCGAUACGAAAAACACGAGAGAAUGGCGAACGACGAAGUGUUGGGGCCGCGUAAGACAAUGUUCGUUCUAGUGAUUGUUGUGGGGUGUUUCGCCGUCUUAUGGCCUAGGAUACUGUCCCCGCUGAUCCUGGGGCACACCCAGGAGCAGCUGAAGCCCAACCAGUUCGACCGGGAGGCAGGAUGCUGUGAGGUUAUGUUCGAAACGGAAGUGGCUGUGCUGGAGCUUGUCAAUGAAGUUUGCGGUUCAGCUGUUGGGGUUGGUGGGAAACUAUCUCCUUAUGCAGCGGCUGAAUGCCGGAAAGCAGUGAACGAGACAUGUGGUCUCGAUAUAGCUGCUUUUCUCAAACGGAGUGACAAUGUGGGCAAGACAACAAAGAUGCUUCUAGAAACUAUGAAGAGUAGUAACAGUUCAUGCUUGAAGGAACAUUUUGGUGUUCAGUUGUAUUUGAACACUCAUACAGCAUUGAACUCUUGGAGUCAGCAGGACACGUUAAAGCAAGAGCGGUCACCAAUUCGGGGUAUGGGACCUCAUCCCGCACUGCGAGAAAGAGGGCGAGCGAUUCCCCCAGGAGUGCCGCCCGUCCAGCCAAGGCCACCGACUCCUCUACCACCGCACGUUAGGGUACGAACCUCCCCACUCUCUGUGUACUACGAUAUUGAGAUCAAGCCCCCACCGAUCCCCGGCAUGCGUCCACCGCUAGGCUCCCCCGGUGGGCCCGUGCCGGCACCCAAAUCUUCAAUGGGAUUCGUCAUGCCCAUAUACACUAUAUGUAUCAUAGUAUUCUUCGUGUAUACACUUAGUAAGAUCCUGUUCAAGCGCACAGGGACUCCGUACGAGAGCGUCACCCCAGACCCUCAGUUCAGGAGGAGGGUGUUUCGUGAUGACUCCCGUUCCUCGCCUGAUAAGUUAGGACCAAAGGAGAGGGAUGCGAGGGACGUGGAGCUGGAGGCUCUCCGCGCGCGGCUGGCGGAGACUGAGCGCGCCAUGCAAAGGAUCGUCCGCCAACUGGCGCUCCACGACGCGGAGCCACAGGAUAACACUCGUCCGUAUACAAAUGGAACAAUUUUAUUGAACAGUGGCCCCGUACAAAUAAUAGCUAGUGAAUUCCAAGAAUCUAAAGAGAAAAAUAUAAAUGAACAGAAAAAUGAACCCAAAGAAAAAGAAACAACCCCAGAAGUACCGACGCAAUCUAAAGACACAGGAAAUGUUGAAAAAGAUAUUGAAACUCGUAUAGAAAAUUCAACUGAUGAUUUAACAUUCGAACCUUUAGCGGCAAACGAGAAACAAACCCAAGACAAAGAGAAUGAAAUUGAGUCGAAAGUUAUUGAACCUCAAAUAUCAGAAAAGAAUGUUGAGACCAUAAAAGAUGCAGGCGUGGAAAAAAUAACAAAACUUGAGCAGGAUCAGAUAACCCCGGAGCAAACAGACAAAGAAACAAAUAGAGAAACUUCAACAAACAAGACAGAAGAAAGUACUGUAAAGCCAGAUACAGAAGUAAAUGAAGAAGAAUUAAGAAAUAAAGAUGUCGAUUUAAUUGCAUUAUCAGAAGGUAAAGAAAUAACUAAAGAGGUACCGUUAGCAGAAAGUAUUGCGAAGUUUAUUGAAGAAGAAAAGGAUGAAAAUAAUGAAGAAAAACGAUCUCCCACAGAACUGCUGGAAGAUGCGCUGAUGGAAGAACUAUUGAAAGAGGAAGAAGAUGGAGAACAAGAGAGUCCAAGUGUUAAAGUGGUGGGUAUGGAGGUGACGACGCACGCGGCGGACGGCGGCGCCUGUCCCGGCGCGCAGCCGCCGCUCCCCGCACAGACCACUCAGCCACAGAAACCACAACAUGAAGCAGCAGACGUGAAGUCAAUAUACUUGGAGACGGAGAUCCCGCAGCAGACGCGCGUCCUGGUCGCAGACUUCGCGGACAGGACCGACAGGCCCAAACCCGCCAAACACGCACCAUUGGUAGUGAGCGGUAAGAUGACACUGUCCUUGAUACAGGACGCGCCGCGCGACACGCCAGAGAGAGAUCCUGAGUCGACAAUGGACGACUUUACAACCGCCAGCGCCAUGACACAACCUGCUGAGAAAGAAGAUGACUUAUCAGAAGAAGAAAUAGAAGAGGAGAUAGAAGAAAUAGAGAUUGAAGAAGAAAUAAUAGAAGAAGAAGUCGAGGAAGAGGAGAUUGAGGAAGAUGAAGAAGAAAUAAUUGAACCAAAAAACGCACCAAAGACAAAUAAGUAGUCUAAAUGAACUGAUUUUAGAACAUUGUAGCGUUUGAACUAAUACUGAAGUAGAUUUAAGUGUAGGUAAAUAAUAAUGGAAAUUUAAUAAUUCUCGAAUUUAUUUUUAUUUUUCGUUCCAUAGACAAUUUUUAAUUUAUUAUUUCAAUUGUAAUGUUGCUAACUUCGAUAAAUACUGUAAAAAAAAAUUCUAUAACUUUUUUUUUAAUCUGUGAAAGUUUUUUUUAGAAAAUUCAUAUGAAAAUUUAUGUCAAACCUUCGUAAUUUAUUUGAAGGAGUGAAUUCAAAUGGUUUGCAAAACCUGUAAGUUGUGUUUGAGUGCCAAAUUUUACUUGUAGCUUUUUGAGUAAUUUAGCACGUCUUAAUUACGACAUGGAAUUUAUUUUUCUUAAUAUCCCUUCAAUAUCUUGAAAUCUGUCUUGCAAGAAGUUUUUAAAUGUAAAGCUAUUGAACUGUUUCGUUUUUUUUUAAAUUUAUAGUCAGUUUUUUAGCCAA